AUGGACGCGCUUUUUCUGAGAGCGUCGGAACUAGGCGGUGUUGCGCCAGACCAGCUUAAGCUAAUAUUCUCCUUAUUCGUUGCAUACCCCCUUGCAGCACUCUUUACAAGCAUACCCGCCUCCCGUCCAGCACUUAGACAUAUAUACAAUCUAGCUGUUUCAGCAUUCUUUUUGAUAGGGCUUCUGCACUUAUGGUCUGGGGUUCUUCAGUGCCUGGCUUCGAGCGCCUUCACAUAUCUGGUGGCUUACUAUGUCCGGGCUCCUUAUAUGCCAUGGAUCAUUUUCGUGGCCGCCAUGGGCAAUCUGACGCUAAACCAUACCCUCCGAGCACUCUCCGGCGCCGGAUACGAUGUUGUAGACAUCACCGGAACCCAAAUGGUGCUCACGAUGAAGCUAACAACUUUCGCUUGGAAUGUAUUCGAUGGUCGCCACCAAUCUCCUGAUCUCGACACAUCGCAGGCAGCGGCUAAAAUAACCACCUUCCCCGACCCCUUGGCCUUCCUUGGAUAUGUGUUCUUUUUUCCCGGAAUCCUUGUUGGGCCCACAUUUGAGUAUAUCUACUACGAACAACUCGUUCACGGAACCCUCUUCACCCCGAACCCUAUUGCAGACAAAACGGCACAAUCCUCACGCCUUCCACAAGGCCGGAAGCGUGCUGCGUAUACGAAGUUUGCGCAAGGGGCAUUUUUCCUAGGAGUAUUUGCGCUUUGGGGUGGUGGAAUGGAUUACGACCGUAUAUUAACUCCAGAAUUCUCCCAGAAGUCAUUCCUUGGACGUUAUUUCUUCACAUACCGGCUUGGCCUUGCCCAAAGAACCAAGUAUUACGGGGUGUGGCUCCUUGCCGAGGGUGCUUCUAUCCUUACCGGCCUUGGUUUCAACGGUUACGCUAAAACAGGGGAAACUUUGUGGAACCGCACAGCCAACGUUGACAUCAUGAACAUCGAAAUCGCACCGAACUUCAAAAUUUUGCUCGAUAGCUGGAACAUGAAUACCAAUAUCUGGCUUAGGAACUGUGUAUAUAAACGUGUCACGCCCAAGGGAAAGAAGCCAGGGUUUUCGAGCAGCAUGAUAACUUUCCUCACUAGUGCAUUCUGGCAUGGAAUUCAUAUCGGCUACUAUCUUAGCUUCUUCUUAGGUGGUUUCAUCCAAUACUCUAACCGACUUAUGCGUCAAUAUUGCCGACCACUUUUCCUCACACCUGAUGGGAAAUCAACUCAGUAUAAACCUAUCUAUGACGCCCUCGGAAUUCUCGCCUCCAGCGCCAUCCUCGGCUACGUCGUCGCGCCAUUCCAGCUCCUCGAUUUGAAAAGGAGCAUCCUCGCAUGGCACCGCCUGUAUUGGUACGGCCACAUUCUUGUUGCGUUGCCAAUCAUUUUCUUCCUCAAUGGCGGCAAAAGAGUCAUGCGUAAAGUCCUUGCGAGUCGCGGAAUCGUCUUGCCAGAUAGAAGGAAGCGAAAGCCCGGCGCCGAGACACCUCUGACAUCUGGUGCGGUCACGCCUGGCGCACCAGGUGCACCUAAUGGGGUGGCGUUGAACGUUCCACCUGUCGAAAUGGUAGUGAAAGAAGCUAGUGCAGCGUUACAGGAGUCGAAGAAAGAUAUAUAA